GUCUAAAGACUAAAAGUCUAGCACUAUGUCCGAGUGAAUACUUCGCAAGGCCUGCUAGCCUACUUAUACUGUUCGUUUUGAUAUACACAUUGCAUCAUAUAGCAGGGUCUGACGCUGUUGAAGUGUUGGAGUGCCGCGUCCAGCGAUCACGCGACCCUACGAGCGAGCGAGCCGUGCUUGCUGUCUACGACUAUGUCGUGACUUACAGGAAUACGUGCGUCUUUUAGUGCUUGCGUCAGUGCACCGCGUCAUCCACCGCGUCCAUCCACCACGUCGUCCACAAACGUACGCACCUGCAGCCUGGGUGAGCCCGGCGCACUUGGCCACCGUCAUUGCUGCGUCGUUGGUGGCGAGGGUAACAGGCAGUGCGCGCAACGAUGGAGAGGCUGAGACGACGUCAAAGGCAAAGCACCCCAGGGAGAAGGAGCGGAAGGUGGCUACGAUCAUUGGUGAAGCCGGCGGGGACGACGACUGCUGGAGGGGAGCCGGCGGGGACGGUAGGGCAGACGCAAUGGGCGAGGGCGGUGAUGGAGAUGGAGAUGGCGAGGGCGGCGGAGUGGCGGGGCUACCAGUUGGGCUUGGUGUGGGAGGCGCGGGUGAAGGGAGGGUUGAUGGGGCCACCACCGGCGCAGGUGAGGGCGGCGCAGGAGACGGAGAGGCAGGUGACGGAGACGGAGGCGACGACACGGGUGAUGGGGAAGGUGGCAGUGGCGAAGAUAUGGGAGGAGGCGGGUCGGGCGGGGGAGGCGAGGGCGGCGGUGGCGGCGGUGGCGGCGGCGGCGAGACAGGAGCCGGCGAGGGCGGCGGUAGCGGCGGGGGGCUAGGCGGGUUGGGAGGCGCCGGGCUGGUCGGCGCGGGGCUGGGGGGCUCGGGGCUCGGUGGUACCGGCGAGGGCGGCUCUGGGCUGGGCGGCAUCGGGCUGGGGGGCUCGGGGCUGGGCGGUGCAGGGCUUUGUGGCUCCGGUGACGGGGGCGCCGGCGAGGGAGGAGAGGGCGAGGGUUUUGGCCGCCUUGGAGGACACGCCUAGGGUGGUCAGGAGUGGGACCAGGUUUGCGGGUAUGGUACCAGUGACGCCUAGGGCGAUGCACUCGGCGGGUGAGUAGUGGACGGUCCAUCCAGCUUCUUCUAGGAGUUGUUUGAGUUCUUGGUGUUGUUGGGACUUCUCUUCUCGUUUGUGUAGGUGUUGGGAGUCAGAGCUGUAUCCUAUUUCAAGGAUAUAGAUUGGUGUGCGGCUGCGGUUGCGGGGUGGCCGAUAGUCUUCGCGUUGUGUCGUUGUAGUGUCGAGGGCGGGGAUGAAGAGAAUGUCUGGCCGGAGCCUGGCUAUAACCUCUGGGGGUGUGCCAUUACGGAAAAGCCAGGUGGGGGGUCUUUGGCCGUAUGCAUACUCGGGCAGGUCCGCAAGUGGGCCCGCGUCCAUUACCAUGUAGCCGCCGCCAUAGCUUCCUUUGGAGAUGCAUUUAGCCACUCGCUGUACAGCUAUGUUGUGGCGGUUGAUGUAUGCGCCUUUCAUCUGCCGCUGAGAGCACCCUCCAAGGAUAUGCCCUCCUGAGUCGGGUGCCUCGCAAAGGGGGCACAAACCGUUUCCGCCCAGUCCAUAUCGGCGUUUGAGGGUGGCAUUGAAUAGGUAGCCGUAUCUGGCAUAUAGGAUUUGUUUUACCAGCCAGGGGUGGCGGGCGGGGCUGGCCAGGGUUAGGUUGCUUGAUUGAGGGCACGCGUCAUCUGCUGCGGCGGCCCAAUUGUCGAGGACGGCUGUACUGUCUGUGAAUCCAUGUUGUGCCCGCGGGGGUAGUGAGGACAGGACUCCCCUGUUCAGGUCGCUGAUGUAAAAGUUGUCGGAGUUCCGUUUGGGCCACCAUAUGUUAGCCCAGGGCUCGUCAGGUGGCAAGUGCACCGCUUGGCUCAUUGCGCCCGCGUCACGCUGGGCUACCAGGGCCGCGCCUUUGUCGGCCUCAUCGUUUCCUGCCAGGCCUGUGUGUGAGCGUACCUUUAGGAAUACGACAGGGAGGAAUUCGUCGGCACACUCGUUAAGUUCCUUGACAAUGUCGCUGAGUAGGUUUUUGUGUUUGGACAGCGUCAGUUUCAUUGGGUCGCUAAUUGCUCUGCGUAUAAGGUACAGUGAGACCAGCGAGUCACUGGCAAUCACUAGCUUAGUCAGCCCCAGGAGUUGCGCGCGGGGGCGGUAGUGUCUUAGCGCAGCCAGGAUGGCGGAUAGUUCUGCACGCUGAAUGGUAUUGGUGCUGUUCAGGCCGCCUGGUUCGACGUAGAGUGGUUCGCCCGUUGUCGCUGUCCAGGCGCAGGCGCCAAGCUGGUUCAUUUCGGCACCGUCGUCUCCUACUGCGAUUUUGAUGCACGACCCGUCCGUCCAGAUGACAGUGGCCGCGUCAUAGAGCGGCCGGGAGAUGGCCGGGAAGCGGUCCCGGAGGGCGUUCAGUUCCGCUUGGAUGGGCGGGGAGACUGUGCAGGUGGGCGGGGCCGGGGGUGUUGGCGGGGUGCGGUGUGUUGCCUGUCGUGCCCGGGUUUGGGCUCGGUGGCUGUAUGGCCGUGAGGUGGGUUGGUGGCGGUCUCUGGGGAGGGUGAUUUGGCGCGGCCAUCGCGUUACAGCAGCUGUGGUGUGGGUGGGGCGUGGCGGUUGGGCCCCGAUGUCUGUAAGGGCGGCUUGGAGGUUGGCAAGGUUGUUGCGGGCCGUGAAGGCCUGCACCCCUGUUGUGUUGGCUACGAGUAGGAGGUCUAACCCGUGUCGUAGGGUGAUGGCCGGGCUAAGGUCGCCUAGCCCCUCAUCUAGGUUGGUUGCGGGUGUGUCGGGCGGGAGGUACGCUAUGUGUGUGACAUGAGGGCUACUGAAGAGGCGGGUGUGGGGGCUCUUGUGGUUGUGCGGGAUGACCAUGAGGGUGAUGGCCGGGUCCAUCUGCCCUUCGAGCAGUUCUGUUGUCGCCACGGCCCAUGCCAGAGCUUUGGUAUACGCGGCGGGGCUGGGGCCGGGGUGGGCGAUGGAGAGGCCGGUGAAAGGGGCAGACAGGGCGUCCGUUGUGGCCCCGAAGAGGGCAUCGGCCGGUUGGGCACUCCAGUAUUGGCAUACACGGUUGGAGCAGUUGAGUGGGGAGGCGAAGCGCUCCAUGAGGGCCGGGUUGGUCUCGUCGGGGUGGGCCGCAGCCAAGGCGUCGAGUAGGGUUGUUUUUAGGCACGUCGGCAGGGAGCGUUCGAGGGCCGGCGCUGUUUUGCAUGUUUUGCCUUUUUCAUCAACACGGGUGCGGAUGAGUAAUUUGGCAACAUCUUCGGGGAAACCCCCGGGGGAACGGAGAGAUGCGGUUUCGGUUGGGUUACUGGCCAGGGCGUGUUUGUAGCGGGUGUGGAGGGUGUGUAGGGUCCCCAUGGUGAUGCUGGAAAUGUGGCGUCCGUCGGGGCCGUGUAUAUGUGCAAGGGUUUGUGCAUCUGUGUAUGUGUCCGUAAUCUGUAUGGUGUAGGCGCCCGUGGGGUAGAUGUCGUGGUAGGGGUUGCACGGUUUGGUGUUGAUUUGAGUGUUCUGUCUGGUGGUGCGUCGGCGCGCCGCUCCUUCCACGUCUGGUGGGGUCCACCGGCCCUGUCGUUGGGCUGGUGACAGGUGUGAGUCGCGGGGUGGGGGAGGCGUAGGCUCGCUAGGGGGUUGGGAUAGUCGUUGGAGGUGGGCAGCGUGCGCGGCUUGCCAUCCCUGGAGUGUAGGGCAUUUGCUAGCGGGCUCGCUAGUGACGUUCCAGUGCAUGUGUACGAAGUACCGGCUGCAGCUCUGCCCGUAGGCAAGGUGAGCGUGUGGUGUUCCCGUGUAUUUCAUGAUCGUAUAGGCCGCAGCGGCUCCGCGCACAAUGGUGGUCGGCUUCCAGGCCACUUCAUAGUAUAGGGCGGUUUGAGGGCGUUCGUUGCGGGCCGGCGCAGCAAUCAGUUUGUGGAUUGGGCCAGCGUGGACGUGUGAUACGGAUUCCAGGUCAUAGUAGAGGGAGAAGAUCAG